AAGAGACACGCAGUACUCAGUGGAUAAAAGGCUUGCAGUCCCAGCUGGGAAAAAGAGUCCCAUUAUCUCCCAGCUGCAUAGACAUUCCAUACGGCUUGGUUCUGCCUGGAUGCACAGCAUGCCUGGCUGAGAGCUUGAAACAGAGUUCUGCAGAAAAAUUGUAAAGAUCCCGAGACAUUUCCCUGACUCUUGAAAUUCUGACUGAAGAUAGACAUUUUUUUUUCUGCCUGAUUGUAUGGGAGAAAUUUUGACCUUAGAAGGUGGAAAUGAGGUUGCUAUGGAAACUGGUAAUUCUGCUGCCACUCAUAAAUACUUCUGCAGGUGAUGGCCAUUUGAGCCGUCCUAUUUUUACCCAGGAACCACAGGAUGUUAUUUUUCCUUUGGAUUUGUCAAAAUCUGAAAUCAUCCUGAAUUGUGCUGCAAAUGGUUACCCUUCGCCCAAUUAUAGGUGGAAGCAAAAUGGCACAGAUAUUGAUUUUACCAUGAGUUAUCACUACAGGUUGGAUGGAGGCAAUUUGGCAAUCAGUAGCCCCCGCACAGACCAAGAUAUUGGCACAUACCAGUGCCUGGCCACCAACCCUCUAGGAACAAUUUUAAGUCGGAAGGCGAAGCUCCAAUUUGCAUAUAUUGAAGACUUUGAAACCAAAACAAGAAGCACAGUGUCUGUCCGAGAAGGUCAAGGUGUGGUGCUUCUCUGUGGUCCACCACCACACUUUGGAGAUUUAUCUUAUGCAUGGACUUUCAAUGAUAACCCCUUAUAUGUCCAAGAGGACAAGAGGAGAUUUGUAUCACAAGAGACAGGAAACUUGUACAUUGCCAAAGUGGAACCAUCGGAUGUUGGCAACUACACCUGCUUCAUAACCAAUAAGGAAGCCCAGAGGAGUGUUCAAGGACCGCCCACUCCAUUAGUUCAGCGCACUGAUGGUGUCAUGGGGGAAUAUGAACCAAAGAUUGAAGUACGUUUUCCUGAAACUAUACAAGCUGCAAAGGAUUCAUCUGUAAAACUGGAAUGCUUUGCCCUUGGAAAUCCAGUCCCUGAUAUUAGUUGGAGGAGGUUGGACGGAAGCCCAUUGCCAGGGAAAGUCAAGUACAGCAAAUCCCAAGCUAUCCUUGAAAUCCCGAACUUUCAACAGGAAGAUGAAGGCUUCUAUGAAUGCAUUGCAGGCAACCUUCGAGGAAGAAAUCUUGCCAAGGGUCAACUGAUUUUCUAUGCCCCUCCAGAAUGGGAACAAAAAAUACAAAAUACAUACCUGUCUAUCUAUGACAGCUUGUUUUGGGAAUGCAAAGCUAGUGGAAAGCCAAACCCUUGGUACACAUGGUUAAAAAAUGGUGAACGCCUCAAUCCAGAGGAAAGAAUUCAAAUAGAAAAUGGGACACUUAUCAUAACUAUGCUGAAUGUAUCAGAUUCUGGUAUCUACCAAUGUGCAGCAGAAAACAAAUAUCAGAUAGUUUAUGCAAAUGCAGAACUGAGAGUAUUAGCCUCUGCUCCUGAUUUUUCCAAAAAUCCCAUUAAAAAAAAUUCAGUUGUGCAAGUUGGUGGGGAUAUUGCAAUCGAAUGCAAACCAAAUGCAUUCCCUAGAGCUACUAUCUCCUGGAAAAGAGGAAUGGAAAACCUGAGACAAAGCAAAAGAGUGUUUCUCAUGGAGGAUGGCAGUCUCAAGAUAUACAACGUUACCAGGUCAGAUGCGGGAUUAUAUACUUGCGUAGCUACAAAUCAGUUUGGUGUUGCGAAGAACACUGGCAGCCUUAUUGUAAAAGAGAGGACUGUUAUUACGGUUCCACCUUCCAAAAUGGAUGUUACAGUUGGCGAGAGUAUAGUGCUACCAUGCCAGGUGUCCCAUGACCCCUCCAUUGAAGUUGUAUUUGUAUGGUCUUUCAAUGGAGAUGUCAUAGACUUAAAAAAAGGAGUGGCUCAUUUUGAGAGGAUUGGAGGAGAAUCUGUUGGGGAUUUGAUGAUAAGGAAUAUUCAGUUAAAUCAUUCAGGAAAAUAUCUAUGCACAGUAAAAACAACUCUAGAAAGUUUAUCUGCAGUAGCUGAUAUCAUUGUGAGAGGUCCCCCAGGUCCCCCAGAGGAUGUAAGAGUGGAGCACAUUUCCAGUACUACUUCUCAACUAAGCUGGAGGCCAGGCUCAGAUAAUAAUAGCCCCAUUCAAAUAUUUAGUAUUCAGGCUCGGACACCAUUUUCUGUGGGUUGGCAGGCUGUUUCAACAGUGCCAGAAAUUCUCAAUGGUCUGACAUACAAUGCAACAGUGGUUGGUUUGAAUCCUUGGGUGGAAUAUGAAUUUCGUGUUGUGGCUGGGAACAGCAUUGGGAUUGGAGAACCAAGUAAACCAUCAGAAUUAUUAAGGACCAAAGCAUCAGUCCCUGUCGUGGCACCAACAAACAUCAAUGGAGGUGGAGGAAGUCGGUCUGAACUCGUCAUUACGUGGGAGUCAAUUCCAGAAGAACUCCAGAAUGGAGAGGAAUUUGGAUACAUCAUCAUGCUACGGCCAGUUGGCUCAACAACCUGGACCAAGGCAAGAGUACCAUCUGUAGAAUCAUCAAGGUUUGUUUACAGAAAUGAAAGCAUCAUUCCCCUCUCUCCCUUUGAAGUCAAAGUGGGGGUGUAUAACAAUGAAGGAGAAGGAGCCCUGAGUACUGCGUCCAUUGUCUACUCUGGGGAAGAUGAACCCCAGCUGGCCCCAAGGGGAACUUCUGUUCAAAGUUUUUCUGCUUCAGAAAUGGAGGUUUCAUGGAAUGCUAUUGCCUGGAAUAGAAAUACUGGAAGAGUUCUGGGUUAUGAGAUCUUAUACUGGACAGAUGACUCCAAAGAAUCCAUGAUUGGUAAAGUUAGAGUCAGUGGAAAUGUCACGACCAAAAACAUCACAGGACUCAAAGCUAACACUGUUUACUUUGCUUCUGUGAGAGCUUAUAACACUGCUGGGACAGGGCCUUCAAGUCCCCCAGUCAAUGUUACCACCAAAAAGUCUCCUCCAAGUCAACCACCAGCUAACAUUGCCUGGAAGCUGACAAAUUCUAAAUUAUGUCUAAACUGGGAACAUGUAAAAACCAUGGAAAAUGAGUCUGAAGUAUUGGGUUACAAGAUUCUAUACCGGCAAAACAGACAGAGUCAAACUCAUAUUUUGGAAACAAACAACACAUCUGCUGAGCUUCUGGUUCCAUUUGAAGAGGACUACUUAAUUGAAAUAAGAACAGUUAGCGAUGGUGGGGAUGGAAGCAGCAGUGAGGAAAUUAGGAUUCCAAAAAUGUCAAGUUUGAGUUCCAGAGGAGUUACAGUCUUAGAACCUGGUGUCUAUUUCCUGCCAGUUGCCAUUAUGAUUUUUUUUUACUGUUUUGCUAUUCAGUCACUUAUAUGAUGAAUAAAACCAUAAAUCUUU